UCCCUCUGCUCCUGCCACGCCCCACUGCUGUUGCUGGGAUCCGCUGGGCGGGUGGCUCCGUGCGAGUGCAGGCGGGGGCGGCCACGCUCAGCCUGAGCCGAGGACCCGGGAGCUGGCUGCAGGGGAGGCACCGCAACAAGCGCCUCCUCAGACAUCUCCAAGUACUGUGGGCCAGGCCGGAACCAGGAGGAUCAAAGGAAAGCUAUGUAACCGACGGCGGCGGCUGAGCGCAGCCCAGAUGUGCCAGGAGCUCCAGAUCCCUAGGACCGAGGGGAACCCGAGCGCACGGGGUGGAGAAAGGAGGGGUGCGCGAGUGGGAAGCAGCCCGCAAGCUCAGAUCUCGGGAAACCCCGGCCGCCACCAGGGGCCGCGCCACCGCCCUCACGGGACCCAGGCUUCCGGAGCACUCCCAACUUUGUGGUGCCCUCAGGCAGCCGCCACCGGGAUGGAGCUGCCUCCCCGCCGCCAGGCGCUGCUGGACUCGCCGCUAGACAGCGGCUCCCUGACCUCGCUGGAGUCGAGCGUCUUCUGCAGCGAAGGCGAAGGGGAACCCCUGGCGCUAGGGGACUGCUUCACGGUCAACGUGGGCGGCAGCCGCUUCGUGCUGUCGCAGCAGGCGCUGUCCUGCUUCCCGCACACGCGCCUGGGCAAGCUGGCGGUGGUGGUGGCCUCCUACCGCCGCCCGGGAGCCCUGGCCGCCGUGCCCAGCCCCCUAGACUUCUGCGACGACGCCAACCCCGUGGACAACGAGUACUUCUUCGACCGCAGCUCGCAGGCGUUCCGCUACGUCCUGCACUACUACCGCACCGGCCGCUUGCACGUCAUGGAGCAGCUGUGCGCCAUCUCCUUCCUCCAGGAGAUCCAGUACUGGGGCAUCGACGAGCUGAGCAUCGACUCCUGCUGCAGGGACAGAUACUUCAGGAGAAAGGAGCUGAGUGAAACUUUAGACUUCAAGAAGGAUGCAGAAGACCAGGAGAGUCAACAUGAGAGUGAACAGGACUUCUCACAGGGACCUUGCCCUACUGUCCGCCAGAGGCUCUGGAACAUCCUAGAAAAACCUGGGUCUUCCACAGCUGCCCGAAUCUUUGGGGUCAUCUCCAUCAUCUUUGUGGUGGUGUCCAUCAUCAACAUGGCGCUGAUGUCAGCUGAACUAAGCUGGCUGGACCUGCAAUUACUGGAAAUCCUGGAGUAUGUGUGCAUUAGCUGGUUCACCGGGGAGUUUGUCCUGCGCUUCCUGUGUGUGCGGGACAGGUGCCACUUCCUGAGAAAAGUGCCCAACAUCAUAGACCUCCUCGCCAUCUUGCCCUUCUACAUCACUCUCUUAGUGGAGAGCCUGAGUGGGAGCCAGACCACCCAGGAGCUGGAAAAUGUGGGGCGCAUCGUCCAGGUUCUGAGGCUGCUCAGGGCUCUGCGUAUGCUAAAGCUUGGCAGACAUUCCACAGGUUUACGCUCACUUGGAAUGACAAUCACCCAGUGUUAUGAAGAGGUCGGCCUACUGCUCCUAUUUCUGUCUGUGGGAAUUUCUAUAUUUUCAACUGUGGAGUAUUUUGCUGAGCAAAGCAUUCCUGACACAACCUUCACAAGUGUCCCUUGUGCAUGGUGGUGGGCCACAACAUCCAUGACUACCGUGGGGUAUGGGGACAUUAGACCAGACACUACCACGGGCAAAAUCGUGGCCUUUAUGUGUAUAUUAUCAGGAAUCCUUGUCUUGGCCUUGCCUAUUGCUAUUAUUAAUGACCGCUUCUCUGCUUGCUACUUCACCUUGAAGCUCAAGGAAGCGGCAGUUAGACAGCGUGAAGCGCUAAAGAAGCUUACCAAGAAUAUAGCCACUGACUCAUAUAUCAGUGUUAACUUAAGAGAUGUUUAUGCACGAAGUAUCAUGGAGAUGCUUCGAUUAAAGGGUAGAGAAAGAGCAAGUACUAGGAGCAGUGGAGGAGAUGAUUUCUGGUUUUGAAUUCACUUUCAAUUAUUUAUAAAUGCUUAUGAAAAAUUAACUCCAUUGAUAAAGCCCUGAUAUGAUAUCUCUAUAAGUUGAUGAGUCUUUUUUGAGCCCUAUCUGUCUUAAUUUUUGCUGAUAUGUUGCUUAAUGUACUAGAGUAUUUCACACCCCCCAUAAUAACUGCGAACAAAUUUCCUCAGGAUGAAUUGAAUUGAAUCUACUUUCACAUUUGAUUCUCAAAAAUAAUCUAUUAAUACAACCAAGGAGCCCUGGUGGCACAGUGGUUAAGACCUCAGCUGUUUAACCAUAAGGUCAGAAGUUUGAAUCCACCAGCCACUCCUUGUAAACCCUGUGGGGCAGUUCUGCUCUAUCCAGAAAAGUGAAAGCUUUUAUGCAUCGCUUAUUCUAAAAGUUUUUUCACUGUUAAUUAUUUUAAAAAAGGAAAUUAAACUGCAGAGUCCAGAGUAAAGAUGAGUGAACAUUUAAGAACACGCUGAACAACUUUGCUAUUUAAAGAUAUUCCUCACAUAAAUAAAUCAGUCCUUAUAUUAUCAGUUAACAUUGUUGAACAUACCAAUUAGCUUCGUACAAGUUAAACCCAGAUUUAAUGAUCAUAGAUUUUGUCCCUGUCUUCCAUCUGUGCCGAUCACUGGUCACAAAUAGACUGAAUCCCUACAUCCUACUAGAGGUGGAAAGCCCCAAACUGCCAAGACUACGGUAGAUAAGAGCUGCACACAGCCUUUGAAGAAUUACACAUCUUCAUUCUCUCCACAAGAAGCCCUGGUGGCAAAAUGUUUAAGUGCUCAGCUGCUAACGGCAAGGUUGGUGGUUCAAAUCUACCCAGCAGCUCCACGGGAGAAAAAUCAGGUGAUCUGCUUCCAUAAGAUCACAACCUAGAAAACCUUAUGGCACAGUUCUACUCUGUCACAUGGGGUCACUAUGAGUCAAAAUUCACUGGACUGCUCCUAACAACAACAUUCUCCCUACUGAGUGCGUUAUAUGCAUCAUAUUUCUCAGUACUCCAUGAAAAUCAGAUGAUCUUUAAAAUGUCUGUUUAUGGAUAUACUAUAGAGUUUGUCUUUAACAUCAUGAAUAUGUAAAUAUAAAAUAGUGAACAUUCUAAGUUUAUAUACUGAAAGUAUUUCAUAGCCUUAUUCCAUUAUGAGAAUGUUAGGUUGAUUGACAUCACUAGAUGAACUUGAAGAUCUUUUUAACAGCAACAAAAAAUAUUAUGGACAGCUUUCUGGCUGUUGGGGGUAAAUAGCAAAUGUUCUAGCUUUGUAGGCAUUUGGACGGCAUUUUGACAUUCCUUCAUAAUAAUAGUAGAAAUCCUAGACAUUCUGUUACAUAAUUUAAAGCCAAAAGCUAUAAAGCUAGGAACUACUUUAUCAUGCCCAAUAUUCUAGUAAGGAGAUUUUAGAAACAAAAUAUUAAAAGGAAUGUAUCACCUUAAUGCAUGUAUUCUCAAUGAGGGCAAUACUGCUCCAACAAGGACAAAAAUUGGUUUUGGGGGUGGGAGGGGGAAACUUUUUAUGUAUAAAGCACAGAUACACAUAGAAUGCAUAAACAGAUAUGUGAUGUAUCUGUGUUAUUAAAAUUUCAUGGGGUGGUCAGUUAGGAAAAAUGUUUAAAAAGAUUCCUUGGGAGAAUGAUAGAGAAAUAAACAUUGAGAAACACUGCUUUAAUACAUGACUAUACCAUAUUUCAUCAACUGUACCCCAAGACACCCUAUUACGAAUUUCCAAGAAAGAAAGGUACCAAUUAAUUGUAAGAUGCCAUUGCUUGCAAAAUGUAUCCCAAUUUGAUAUGUAGAAAUGUUUUAAAUGCUCCUUAAAGUCAAUGAUACUCCAUAUGUACCACCCCCUGUUUUACGAUACACAUGCUUCAGCUCUGGAAACAUUUUUAUUGACAGCAUGAGUUUUAAACUUUAUGCUAAGGUACUUAAAGCCUCUUGGCUUGUUUCCAGUUCUAAAUAUUAUGAAAGAUUUAGGAGAUAUGAGUUGUCAUUAAAUAAAUAUUUUCCAUCUAACACAUACUCAUAAGUGCUAGAGCAUGGCAGAGUCACUAGUCCCAGUAUAAAUCCUACCCACAUCCUGAAGAGGAACUAGAGGUUAGACACAGAGGGCAAACUUACCCUGGCUUCUCUAGAACUUUCCCAAUAAGAACAGUUAUGUUCUCUGAUCCAGCACUGUGCUCUGUACUCUUCAUGCAUUAUUCCACUCUGUCCUCAAAUAUCCCUAACUUAUAUAAUUAAUAUCCUUAUACUCUUAUAAAGAUGUGUUUUAUAUAUUUGUUCAUUCAACAAAUAAUUAUUCAGCACACUUUUAUGUGUUGAGCACAAGAGAAUCUUUGUCUAAGAGGAUGAAGCCCUCUUAUAGCUAAUAUUCUAGUUAGGUGUGUGUGCGAGGUUGGGGAGAGUGAGGGUGGGAGUGAGACAUGAAAAACUGAGGCAUUAAAAGAUGAAGUAACUUGUCCCAAUUCACACAGCCAAUAGGUGGCAGAACCAGGACUGACCUACAAUCUGCCUGACCUUGAAAUUGAUACUCCUGAAAGCUUUAGUACAUAUUGAAUUACUCCAACACGACCCAAGCAAAGGAAUUCACAAGCCAACUUCUUGUGAAUAGAGAAGUUUAAUACCCCUUAAGAAAAAGACCAGCUUAUUCUUAUAAGUGGAAUGGUGCUUUUAACGAAUUGUUGUGGUUAACAACCCUUAUAGUCAGAAAUUAGACAAAUAUAUACAUAUAUCUUUAGAACAAUUAAUAGUUGGAAGAUUUUUAAAGUGAAAAAAUUUUUAAAUAUAUAUAUUUUCCUAUCAUAAAAGAUUUUAAAAAUAUUCUCCACAAAUGUGCUAUGUUAGAUAUAUAAAUUUUGUCAAAAUAUGGACAUUUCAAAAGAAAUUUUUAAAUAUAAUUGCUUGGUCAACUUCACUGCUGUAUAAAAUAUCAGUGUACUCAUUCAACCAGUGCACAUAUAUGUAAACCAAAUUUAAGUAACAAAACAAGGCAGGCACUCUGUUCAUUUUCUAGUCCAUCAUUUUUAAAGCAGUUGACAUUUUUUAAAAUCUAAGAAUCAUUUCUAUCAAAUAAUAUUUAAUUUUUUCUAAUAGAAAAUAAUGGAAUGACUAUGUUUAAACUACUUAGAGAACACCAAUUAAGGGGGAAAAAAAGCCAUUUGAGGGCACAGAGGUAAUGCUGGAAUAUCUAAAAGAAAUUUUAAGAAGUUGUUGCAGUAUAGCUAAUAGAAGUGACAUAAUAUUCAUGUUUUAUUGUUUUGUUUGUCCUUAUGUGCAAUGAACUGUUGUAUUUAUCAUUUUAUUGCAAUGCAGUAUAAUGUAUCAGGUGCACAAAGAAGUUAACUGAGGCAGAUAUCUCAGUUCUGUGUGUCAAUAUGGAAUUCUUACUCUUUUCCCUAAAACCUUGUAACUAACUUUUGCAUAUGCUGGCCCAAGUUGUCUAAACAAAACGUUAUCAGGUAAACUCAAUACUUUGACAAAUAAUUCCACUGAUACGUUUUGUUAGCAUGAAAAGCCUGGUUCUGUGGAAAUACUAGCAUUAAUAUCUUUAUCUUAUCAAUCCUUCAAUUCAGACCCAAGAAGGUAUCAGUUGGCAAAUGAUGGAUUCUAGUGUUUCUAUUUGUGAUUUCCUUUUCAAAAUAUCUCCACCUCCAAACCUUUCUCCAAGCAAAAAUAAUACAUGGAAGAAAAAUGUCAGAUAGGGCAGAACUUUACUCAUAAAGCCCAUUGGUAAUUGCUUACAUGUACAAUUUUAGGGGUAAUGAGAUAAUCGGAUUACUCACCAUCCUCUAGUUCCUACUUCCUUUCUAUUAUAUUAUAAUCACUGUCUUGCAUUCUCCUCCACUUCGUUGACCCUCUCUUCCUUCCUGAUAUUUAACAGGUAAAAUCCCCAACCUUAUUAAAUACAAUCCUGUGCUUACUUGUAACUGCCCCUUUGGAGCGGAUCGUGAAUACAGAAAAAAACAAACAAAAAACAAUGCAUGCUGCUUGCUCUCACUUUACAUUCAUGCAGGAAACCUGCCCGAAUGAACUCUAAAUGUUGCCAGGUAAUUCGCUCUCUCUAGAAAAAACACCUCCCUUUAA